AUGCCGGCUCUCUUGGGACUUCUUGUCUUCUCUGUGCUUCUAAUCCCAGGUGACUCCUUGGAGUGCGAAACCUGCAGAGGGCCAGGCUUUAACUGUACGGGCACGAUGGUGAACUGCAGUGCUGCUGAAGACAGCUGUGCUGUUACUGUUCUUGAAGCCACAGUAGCUCAGUUAACAACUCGAGAAGUAAUGAAAGGCUGCGUAUCGCCUCACAUCUGCGGACUUGAAUCAUUUUAUCUGAAUUUGGGCAAGAUGAUUACUGCCAGAGGAACGGCUGUCUGCUGUGAGGGGGAUGACUGUGCAUCUGUUUCUCCUCAAGUGCCACCAAUCAGCAGUAAAGCCAAUGGGAAAAAAUGUCCAGCCUGCUUUUCUCUAUAUCCCCCAUGCUCUACAGAGGAGGCAGAAUGUACAGGAGAUGAGGACUACUGUCUGGAUGCAACCAUCAAAUCUGGUGUGAAUGAAAUCACCGUGAAAGGUUGCACUACCAAGUCUUUCUGUGCAGUUGUGCAAGAAAUGAUUGGAACGCCCUUCCAUGCUUCUGAAACACUAAAUGCUCAAUGCAAACCAGCCAAUAAGGCUCCAUCAUCGAGAUUUCCCCUUCUGGCCCUGUUGGGGCUUCUGGCAGUGAAGAUCGCCCUCUAAUGAACCCCCUCCUGUUAUUCAGCAUCAUGGGAGACCUUC